AUGAGAGGUGCCAUCGGAGUCGAACCAGUCGAACGCAGCAUCCAGCAAUUGAACAACAUUCUAAUCGGAAAUGAUGGUAGCAAAAUUCAGAUUGCAUUUUCUAAGCAGAACUACUUGUCAAAGUCCACCAACCUCUACAGCCUGCCGGACAAUUCGAUCAGCUUCAAGGUCUACAGCACCUCCAAGAACAAUCGCUUCCCAGGCCAGCAAAAAUCGCAUUCUCCACUUCUUCAGUACCCCACCCGUAUGCUGUCCGAGGAUCUGCUGCUGAUUGCAUUCACCACCAUGGACUGUCACCCGUCGCAAGUGCGAAUGUUUCCGCUAAAAUCGGAAAGUGCCUUCUCCGGAUUGGUCGAGUUCCCGAGCGUAGCCCUGGCGGUGAACGCCAUCAUGAAUGGGAACCACUCCUCCUCCAAGACGAUGAACGGUGCGUGGAGCAAUGGUAACACGUAA